AUUUCAUUGCUGUUUGUGUGAAGAAUUCAGUCAAGCAGUCACCCUUUUUGAAAUUGUGGGUUGGGUGCUCACUCAUGGUUUCAUCUAGCCUUCCAUACAGGUGAUUUGAGGUGAAUGUGCUGGCUCUUUCUCUUAGCAUGACGGCGGUCUUCGUUUAGAAGAAGAGAGUGACAAGAUCUGCAAAAAAAUUGGAAUUGUUUGGAGAAACCGGUAAUUUCAAAUUUGUUGAACAUGGCUUCAAAGCCAGUAGGCAAAGGCUUUGGCUUUGGCGGCUUCACCGUGAAGCCGAAGGAGGGCGAGAAGCCGCUACCUUCAAAAGGUGCCAUGCCAGCCCGAGGCAUGAGACCCGGCCUGAUGAAAGCUAGGAUUGGUGGAGCACCACCGACUAAAAAGCCCAAGGUUGUGGAGUCCAGGUACCAUGAUGAAGGUGAAACCGGUAUUCAAAGUCGGCUAAUGAAUGCUGCCAAGGACGGCCGAGGUGGUGGUGGCAGUGAUAGUGAGGAUUCUGAUGAUCCUCUGGAUGCCUUCAUGGCCGGCAUUGAGGUUGACCUUGCCAAGAAGCCGAAGAAAGAGAAGAAGAUAGUUCGUGAUGACCUUGAGGCUGAGGACGACCAUGAGAGCUACUUCAAGUACGUUGAGUCGUUACCGCAGACAGCUGAAGAUGAGGAUGAGGUGCUGGUGGAGUAUGAUGAGGAUGGAAAUCCUAUAGUACCGGAGAAGUCCAAGAUCAUCGAUCCCCUGCCACCUAUCGACCACACCACGAUGCCAUACAAGCCUUUUGAGAAGUUUUUCUUUGAAGAACACGAUGACAUCAGGAGUAUGAAUGUACAAGCUAUCAAUGACUUGCGCAAGGCUCUCGGAGUAAAGGUAUCUGGUGCCUCACCGACCAAGCCAGUGUCAAGCUUCGGUCACUUCAAGUUUGAUGAAUCGCUUAUGAAUGUCAUUCGAAAGUUGGAAUACACGAAGCCGACGCCUAUACAAUGCCAGGCGGUUCCCUCAGCACUGUCUGGUCGGGAUAUCAUCGGCAUUGCUAAAACCGGCUCUGGUAAAACAGCCGCGUUCUUGUGGCCAUUGUUGGUUCAUCUUCUGGAUCAGGACGAGCUUAUAGAAGGUGAAGGUCCUAUUGGUUUGAUCUGUGCUCCAACGCGUGAACUCUGCCAGCAGAUCUAUCACGAAGCCAAGCGUUUUGGCAAAGCGUACAACCUGAAUGUAUGCUGUGUAUAUGGUGGAGGUAGUAAAUGGGAGCAGUCGCAAGCCUUGAAGACAGCACCGGAGAUCCUGGUCUGCACACCGGGUCGUAUGAUUGACAUGAUUAAGAUCAAAGCAACAAAUUUCCACCGGGUGACUUUUCUAGUUAUAGACGAAGCUGACCGCAUGUUUGACAUGGGUUUCGAGCCACAAGUUCGGUCCAUUUGCAAUCACAUCCGCCCUGACCGACAAUGCUUGAUGUUUAGUGCAACAUUCCGUAAGAAAGUGGAGAGAUUGGCGCGAGAUGUUUUGACGGACCCUAUCAGGAUUGUUGUGGGAGACUUGGGAGAGGCGAAUGAAGACAUUACUCAAGUUGUGCGUAUCUUGAAGACAGAGGAUGAUAAAUGGACAUGGCUACAUCAACAUCUGGUGCAGUUUACCUCUACCGGCAGUGUGCUCAUCUUUGUGACACGCAAACUCAAUGCUGAGGAGAUCGCUGGUAAACUAAAGGCAAAGGACUUCCAAGUUGUCCUGCUUCAUGGAGACAUGGGUCAAGCCGAUCGUGACAGUGUCAUUACACAGUUCAAGAAGAGAGAAGUGCCUGUCAUGGUGGCUACUGAUGUUGCAGCACGUGGCCUGGACAUUUCCUCAAUCCGCACCGUUGUCAACUAUGAUGUUGCCCGUGAUAUUGAUACGCACACACAUCGUAUUGGUCGCACCGGUCGUGCAGGUGAGAAAGGCCAUGCGUAUACGCUGAUGACAAGCAAGGACAACACGUUUGCCGGUGAUCUAGUACGCAACCUGGAGCAGGCCAACCAGCCGGUGCAGGAAGAUCUCAUGAAGCUGGCGAUGACUAACUCGUGGUUCCGGAAGUCCCGCUUCAAGCAUGGCAAGGGCGGUGGCGGUUUUGGUGGUGGUGGUGGUGGUGGCGGUCCUAGGGGCAGAGGCCGUAGUCGUGCUGGUCUUGGAGCAGACAGACCAGGACUGGGGACUUCCGACGGUGCUGCGCCGGAAGUUGACACUGAUGAUAUUGAUGAAGAUGACACGCGUAUGCACAAGCUGACAUCCAGUGUAACUGGUACAAUGGCCAGAAUGCAAGCCAUGGCACAGUCCCAGUCUGCUGCUGGAGGUAGAGGUGCUGGUGCUGGUGGCGGUGCUGGUGCUGGUGGUACCGGCCCCGUGGGACCAAUGGGCGCGCGCUCGUUUGGCGCUGGUGGACGGGCGGCUAACAUGCGCACAGCCUUCGCAGCUGGCUACAAUAGAUUUGUUGGCGCGUCCAACAGUGCGUACAGCAGUACAAUGAGCGGCGACAACUCGACCAGCAGCGGUGGUAUCAAUUUUACACCGUCAUCCUCGUCAACACUCUCCUCUGUACCACAGCAAGCACCGUCACAUGCUGCUGCUGCUGCUGCUGCUUCAGAUCAGGCGUCCAAUCGUAAACGCAAGUCGCGCUGGGAGUAGGCAUGUUGUGUUGGUGGUGACUGUGCUCAGUCAGGCCAACCACCAUCACCACAGCCCAGUGUACAGCAUCACCACAGCCCGGUGUACAGCAUCAGCAGUAACAGUAGUGGCAGUAUUACACCCUGUGAACCAGUCUGCUAGCACCUCAUCAUCAUCAGCUGGUGCUGCUGCUGCUGCUGCUAGUGUAUCUACUAAGUACUAUGUAGGCGUGCAGUCAGUAUGGGAGUGGUGAAGUAUCACUGGCUGUGUGUGUGUGUGUGGUCUGAUCCAGUAGUCCUACCCGCUACUCAGUGUUGUUGUCAUGACGGCCGUCUGCAUGCGUCGAUGUUACUUCUGCUCCUCUCUAGUAGCAGUGCUCUUGUACACCACCUGACUUGGAAUAUGGUGCUAGGUUACUCAUCAUGCUUCGUCGGUCACCACCAGCUGGAUUGUAUCACCCACACUGCCGUGAUGUCAUGCAUUGUGUCGUCGGAACUGCCGUGAUGUCAUGCAUUGUGUCAUCGCAACUGCUGUUAUGUUCUGCAUUGUGUCGCCGGAACUGCCUUGAUGUCAUGAAUGGGCAGUGAGACAGGCACAUUGCUUUUGUCGCGGCAGCUGUCCCUUCUUCUCGCAGCAUUGGCUACCGUUGGAUCAUCAGUAGUACGUGGUACAUGCAGUACAGUGCUGUACAUGUAGGUGAUGCACACAGUGCUGCUGCUGCUGCUGCUGCUGCUGCUGGUGGUGGUGGUGGUGGUGGUGGUACUAGCAGUGGAUCUUCCUCUGCCACUGCCAGCAGCGGUAUCAUCGCCCCAUGGUGAAUUGUCUAUUGCUAGUUCAGUUAUCUUCCGCUCAUAUUGAUCGCCGUCGCUAACCACGCCGUGUGUACAUUUGAUCUGCACUGCCUGUUGCCUACUGCCACUGAUGUACCUGUCACAUAUACACGUGUGCAAAACGAUGAUGCACGUCAUCUGCAUGGAGGGAUUUCUUUCCCUGGCCUACAGCACCUAUUGUGUUCAUCCUCGUCUCCUCGCAUUUGUGCAGGGCCUCCAGAUCUCCUGUGCAACUAGCGCACUCUGCUCUUGUGUACUGCUGCUGUUGCACAUAUUCACCGCGGCAGCAGCGUUAGGAUCAACGACAGUACUCCGCGCUGUGUACACUGAGUGAUGACUGGCAUAGAACCAUUGUUUGCAAGUUGAAGUUUCCUAAAAGCAACCGGUUUGCCGUUGUCCUUGUCUUGGUAAUAAACUGCAUUGUAGAUUCGUUUGCCAUUGUCCUUGUAUUGGUAGUUGUAGAUUCUCUACCUGAUGGGUGUAUGUGUCGUGCUCCGUGGAUUGAACUUCUGCUGUUGCUGCUGUUGCUCGUUGCUACUGUCUUAUCUUGUUAUUCAACGUCACCUGUCCCAUAUUGCUGCAUAUUUUACUCUUGUCUACUUUUGUAAGUACAGGAGUACGCGUACAAUCAUACGUGCACAUUUGGCUGAAAAUACGUCUUUCUUUUCUCCGGCAUGCUGACUCAUGACAUAUCUAGAAUGAUUUGUACUCUAUUCAUACUGGCUAGACUAUUCCAAGAGUAUAUACCCCCCUCCCCCCUGCUCUUGAUACUGUGUGUACUGGCUCAUUGAGCAACUACAUAUGAAUAACUCAUGAAUACCUCAUGAAAUUUUUAAUUUUAUCUUGAUGUCACGUGAUUUUUAUUAUCAUACUUUGUGCUUCAAUCUGAUUGAUGAAGUGAAGAAGAUGGUGUU